CUCCAAACGACCAUAUAAUUAAAGUAGGAGGGUCCGUGUAAAUGUGACAUUUUCUCCGUGGAGCUCAACCAGUCUACACGCAAACGUCCUGAGCGUCUCCGAGUCGGAGGACGGGUCAUCAUUCAUAGCGAGUCAAGAAGACGGGGACAAUGUCUAGCAGCGACAGCUCCGCGGUAGACGCCGUCAUCACGGUCCGUACCGGCGACGUCAAGGGCGGAGGCACGGACGGGAACGUCUACAUCGCCCUGCACGACGUCAAGGGCAACCGGACCCGCGACGUGCUGCUCGACGUUUGGUGGAAGAACGACUUCGAGGCGGGUAGUCUGGACACGUUUCAGGUCUCCGCCCUCAUCCUGCCGCACGAUCUGAAGGAGAUUGAGAUCUGGAGGGACGACUUUCUGAAGAUAGACGACUGGUUCGUGGAGGUCAUCACCGUGGAACUUCCCGGAAAACCGAAGUUUGUGUUCCCAGUGCAGAGGUGGGUGAACGCAGGCGAGCGGCUGUUCCUGACACAGUACGACAGCUGUCUGCCCCAGUUUGAACAGCACCCCGAUCAGCGCACCAGGCUGCUGAACGCCAAGAGACAGCAGUACCAGUACCAGCAGAACGAGGGGCUGCCUGUUCAGAUCAAAGAAACGCCAAGAGAUGAGCAUUUCUCCAACGCUCAUCGGUUCGACAUUUUGAAGAAAAAGAUAUUGCUGCUCGCCCAGAGUAAGAUUGUCAACAUGACGUCUGACAAGUGGCUAAGUCUUGACGACUUAAAGAACGUGUACCAGUACAGUCUUGGCCCUCCCAAGGGCAUGGCCUAUUGGAAAGAAGAUCUCAACUUCGGCGAGCAAAGGCUGAUGGGAUGCAACCCGAAUAUUUUCAAGCUGUGCAGAAAAAUCCCAGAGAAUUUUGGCGUGACAGCUGAGAUGGUGGAACCCUUUCUGGAGGGACUUUCUCUCGAGGAUGCCCUGGGGUCUAAGCGGGUCUACAUGGUUGAUCUAACGAUUCUUGGAGGGAACAUACCAAAGAUUGUAUCCCUUCAUCAUUUCCCACAGCUUUGCGCCCCGUACUCUCUACUGUUCGUAAACAAGGACAAGGACCUGAUGCCAGUCGCCAUUCAGCUUUUCCCAACCAAGGGACCAGACAAUCCGGUGUUUCUUCCAUCCGACCCUCCCUACACGUGGAUGAUCGCGAAGAUGUGGUACAACAUGGCCGACUGCUCUUUUCACCAGUCAUGCACUCAUCUUGGACUCACCCAUCUCAUAAUCGGGUCCUGCGCGACCUGCACCCAUCGCCAACUGUCUGCAUCACACCCGAUGUUCCGCCUGAUGGCACCCCACUUCCUGUACCUACUGGCUAUCAACACUCUUGCUUUGAAGACAUUGGUUUGUCCUGGCGGAUGGAUCGACGAGUCGAUGCAUAUGGGAAGACUGGGACUUUUCGACAUUAUAAAGAAAGUCUGGAAAGACUGGAGGAUGGACGUUCAGGGUACUCUUCCUGCUGAACUGGCGAACCGUGGGGUGGAUGAUGUUGAAGCCCUCCCCAACUACCCGUACCGUGAUGACGCCCUCCCCAUCUGGCACGCCAUCAACAGAUACGUCAGGAAGGUGGUGGAGGCAACAUAUGAUGUCCCAGCAAAGAUUACCGAAGAUCAUGAACUCCAGGCCUGGGCACGAGAGUUAAGUGCACCACAGGCAGACGGAGGCUGUGGGAUAAAGGGAGUGCCUGGCGGUGGAAAGUUUACGACUGUUGAUGAGAUCGUUGCCACAGUAACGCCCAUCAUAUUCAUCAGCAGUGUCGGCCACGCUGCCGCCAACUUCGCCCAGUACGACGAGUACGGCUUCCCUCCAAACUACCCAGCAUUCAUGCAUGGAGAACCACCUAAGACUAAGGAUCCUCUAACGGAACAAGACAUCAUCAGCGCCCUCCCCAACAAGUCCCACACCCUGAACAUCAUGGUCAUCACCAAGAUCCUGAGCGAGAGGGCCACCCAGCCACUGGGCGACUUCGAGAAGCAGUACAUGUAUGAUCCGCUAGGAGUCAAGGCUUUGGAAGAAUUUCGUCAGGAGCUUGACGCCAUUUCUAAGGAGAGCACCGAACGAGACAAAGCGAGGAAGACUUCAUACCCUUACCUCAACCCCAGCGAAAUUCCCAACGCUAUUAGCAUAUAAACAAGGGAGGCAAAUCUUCGACGCUCUGAGAUUAAAGAAAGAAACUAGAGUACAAAGUCGUAUGCUAGCAUAGCGAGUAUGUUUUGGUGAAUGUCACUAUAACCUGCUGUUUUAAAGGCAUCCAGUGCAAUUUCAAGGUGACAAACUGGAUGUCCAGAGUCAAUUUUCUGAUCAUUCUUUUAAUGUAGCAAGCUGAAUCAAACCUAUCCCAUAGCAUAAUGAUAGCAAUGAGGCGAAAAUGUGAUGUCGUUGAUGGAAAAUGGUUGACUGUUUGUAUCAGCCUGGUUUUAGAUAUUUAUGGGUGGUACCCUAAAAAUAAAGCAACGCCUCAUGGCGACAAAUAGUAUUGGUGCACGUUCACAAAAAUUAUUACAAUUUUUAAGUAGGUAGGGUGCUACAUAUAAUGCAUACUUCACGGUAAUGGUUUCCUAGUGUCACAUAUAUCAUAUGUAGUUUACUUCCAGUUUCUGCUGGAUCGUUUAGUAAUAUAUAUAACGUUACAUACAUACAUACAUAACGUAUAUAUUUGUAAUCAUGAGCUCCUUACCAUUUGCUGUUUGUGGUAUAUGGUCAGGGUAGCUUGUGGGAGUUUUUUAUCAACGUUAUUUUGGUGACUUAUAGCCUUGUAAGCGGAGUUUUUAUUAUUAUGUGGUCAAUAAAGGUUAGAAAACGU